AUGCUGGAGUGGUCGAGACCUGACCUGAACCCCAGAUUUGUCCAUUUGAGGCGGUUCGGCGAAGACCAACUGGUUGAUCAGAAUCCAUCCUACAAAGGAAGAACAUCGGCGUCCAUCGACAGACUGAAACAGGGAGACAUGUCACUGACGCUGUCCAAAGUGAAACUCUCUGAUGAGGGAACGUACAGAUGCUUCAGUCCAGGAUUAGAAACAGACUCUAGUGUUCAGCUCGUUGUCGUACCAGUAUCAGUCACCACCAUCGAGAUAACCAAAGUCAGCAGUGGAGUGUUACAGUGUGAGUCUGAAGGCUGGUAUCCAGAGCCUGAGGUGUUGUGGCUGGACGGUGAGGGAAACCUCCUCUCUGCUGGACCUCCAGAGACAGUCAGAGGUCCUGAUGACCUCUAUACUGUCAGCAGCAGAGUGACUGUGGAGAAGAGACACAGCAACAACUUCACCUGUAGAGUCCAACAGAAGAACACCAACCAGACCAGAGAGACACACAUCCAGGUUCCAGAUGAUUUCUUCACGGACUCGUCUGGUGCUAAGUCUUCUGCUUCUACCAUCAUUGGUUUGGUUGUCGGCAUCUUGUUUAUUCUUGUGGUCGCCUUCGUUGUGUGGAAAUGGAGACAAAACAAAACCAAGACCAAGAGGAACCUUGUGGAUGAAGAAACAUUGGGAGGAGGAGGAGAGAGGAAGAGCAACUCUAUAAGUAAUGAUUCAGAACAGGAGGCUCUGAUAGAAAGAGAAACAGACAGCAGAGAGAAACAAAUAAAUACUGAAACACCAGCUCCAGGUCCAGCAGAGAGAGGAACACAACCAGAGCAGCCAGAGCAACCAAAUACUGAAAGAGCAGCUGAGGGUCAGAUGGAUAGAGAUGGACAACAACCACAGGUUAGGUCAGAAGGAAAGGCAAAGAAUGAUUCGGACAACAGGGAUGACAAUGCCAAGCCAACAAGUGAAGAAACACCAGCUCCAGGUCCAGCAGACAGAGAAACACAACCAGAGCAACCAAAUAUUGAAAGAGCAGCUGAGGGUCAGAUGGAUGGAGAUGGAAAACAACAGCAGUUCAUGACAGGAGAAGAAGCAAAGAAUGAUAAUGACAAGGACAGUGAAGAAGAGGAAAUAAAAUCUGCUAAAAACAAAGCAGCAGGUCAGGAUCCAACUGAUAAAGAAAAUAAUGAUUUGGACCAGACAGGAGGACAGACGGGGAAGAGUGACCCCACUCCAUGUCCAACAGAGAGAGAAAGACACCAAGACAAUAAUACAGACAGGAAAGAUGGAGUGGACAACACAACACCUUUGUCUCCAGCGGAUGGACCAUCAGAUCAGCUCCCUAAAGCUGAUGUACGGAGUGAUUCAGACAAGAAAGAUGAAGAGGAGGACACUGAAUCUACAAAUAAUGAACCAGCAGAUCAAGGUUCAAAUGAGGGAGACACACAAAGAGAUGAACUCCAGGCAGGAGCAGGGAGAAACACUGAGGACGAGAAAAACACUGAAACAGAACGUCCAUGUUCACCAAAAACAGAUCAGCCAACUGAAGAACAGCCAGAGAAGAGUCCCGACAGCAGAGAUGGAGAGGACGGUAUGACACCCAGGAAAGAAAACACAACAUCUGACCAGCCCCCGACAGCACAAGCACACAGGGAUGUGGAGAAAACAGAGGAAGAGACACAGAAAACAGAGGGAGAAACACAUGGAAAGCAACGUAUUAAUGGUCAGCAAGAGAAGCAGCUGAAUCAGGAAGACGUUAAUGAGGACCCAGAGCAAGAGCAGCAUGAGGAAAGAGAAGACAGAAGAAGAAGUGACAGAAAUCAAAAUGUAGCAGAAGAUGAGCAUCAUCUGAACACCGGAGGAGAUGACGCUAGUUAUUCAAGUGGCAUCCCAGAUCUUCAGCAUGUGACGGGAGUAGAAACAGACCAACAACAGAGCGCUGACGAUAGACAGAAAGGUGAUGGAGCAUCAGUUUAG